UCGAUCCUUCCCUUUCCUCUCUUCCCCCUCCCCCCUCUCUCUCUCUCUCUCUCCUCCUCCGAAAGCUUUUCUGGGUUCCCGUUCGGAUUAGGGUUAGGGUUAAGGCUAGGGUUUCUCCGAUCCCUCUCACGUUCUCGUCUUCUCCGUCUCCUCGAUCUCUCCCCGCCGCUCAACGCGGCGGAUGAGCCCCGGCGCUCCUUCGCGCUCGAUCUGACGCGAUUCGCUCCCGCGAUGUUCCGAUUCGAGGAGGAGAAGGUGCGGAAGUGGCGCUCGGAUCCGGUCGAGGGUAGGUAGCGGAGGCGGGAUCUCUAAACGUAGUUUCUCUGCUGCGGCGGCGCCGCCGCCAUGGCCGACAUGUCGUCCAUAAUCCCGGCGUCGGUUAUCCGGAACCUCUCCGAUAAGCUCUACGAGAAGCGGAAGAAUGCGGCGCUCGAGAUUGAGGGCAUCGUGAAGCAGCUUGCGGUCGCAGGGGAGCAUGAGAAGAUAUCGGCCGUGAUUAAUCUGUUGACGACGGAAUUCACCAAUUCCCCGCAGGCGAAUCAUAGGAAGGGUGGAUUAAUUGGGUUAGCCGCAGCAACUGUUGGUUUGACAAAAGAAGCAGGGAUAUAUCUUGAGCAAAUUGUACCGCCUGUGAUUAAUUCCUUUCGCGACCAAGACAGCAGAGUUCGAUAUUAUGCCUGUGAAGCACUUUAUAACAUAGCAAAGGUUGUAAGAGGAGAUUUCAUCGUUUACUUUAAUAAGAUAUUUGAUGCACUAUGUAAGCUUUCAGCAGACUCUGAUGGCAAUGUACAAAGUGCUGCUCAUCUUCUUGAUAGGCUUGUGAAGGAUAUUGUAACCGAGAGUGAUCAAUUCAGCAUAGAGGAAUUUAUACCACUUCUAAGAGAACGUAUGAAUGUACUCAACCCAUAUGUGAGGCAAUUUUUGGUGGGAUGGAUUACUGUAUUGGAUAGUGUUCCAGAUAUUGAUAUGCUCGGUUUUCUUCCUGAUUUUCUUGAUGGUUUGUUUAAUAUGUUAAGUGAUAACAGCCAUGAGAUACGGCAACAAGCUGAUUCCGCACUUUCUGAGUUUCUCCAAGAAAUAAAAAGUUCUCCAACUGUAGAUUAUGGUCGUAUGGCUGAAAUAUUGGUACAGAGGGCACGCUCUCUUGAUGCAUUCACUAGAUUGACAGCCAUAACUUGGAUAAAUGAAUUUGUAAAACUUGGGGGAGACCAACUUGUACCUUACUACGCUGAUAUUUUAGGAGCUAUAUUACCUUGUGUAUCAGAUAAAGAGGAGAAGAUACGAGCGGUUGCUCGUGAAACCAAUGAAGAACUACGAGCCAUUCGAAAUGAUCCUCCUGAGGGAUUUGAUAUAGGAGCUAUCCUCUCUAUUGCAAGGAGGGAAUUAACGAGUGAAUGGGAGGCUACUCGAAUAGAGUCUUUGCAUUGGAUUUCAACACUUUUGGCUAGAUAUCGAGCUGAGGUUUUAGCAUACUUGGAUGAAAUCUUUGGUUCACUUUUGAGUGCACUUUCAGACCCUUCAGAUGAGGUGGUUUUGCUAGUUCUGGAAGUGCAUGCCUGCAUAGCUAAAGAAUCUCAUCACUUUCACGAUCUCAUUUCAUACUUAAUCCAGAACUUCCACAACGAUCAUGUGCUUCUGGAGAAGCGUGGUGCCUUGAUAGUGCGGAGACUUUGUGUUCUUUUGGAUGCUGUGAGAGUUUACAAAGAAUUCUCAAAAAUUCUUGGGAGCGAAGCUGACUUGGAUUUUGCAUCUACAAUGGUUCAGGCUCUCAAUUUAAUUUUACUCACUUCAUCUGAAUUGGCUGAGCUGCGUUUUCUACUCAAGCAAUCUUUGGUGAACCCUUCUGGCAAAGAUUUGUUUAUAUCUUUGUAUGCUUCAUGGUGCCAUUCCCCAAUGGCAACAAUUAGUUUGUGUCUACUAGCUCAGGCAUAUCAACAUGCGAGCUCCGUAAUUCAGUCAUUAGGGGAAGAAGACAUAAAUGUAAAAUUUUUGGUACAGCUAGAUAAGUUGAUCCGCUUGCUGGAGACUCCGAUCUUUGCUUACAUACGACUGCAGCUUCUUGAGCCUGGAAAACACACAUGGCUGUUAAAAUCUCUAUAUGGCCUUUUGAUGUUGCUGCCUCAGCAAAGUGCGGCCUUCAAGAUCUUGCGGACCCGAUUGAAGACUGUUCCUUCUUUUGCAUUGAGUACUGAGAAUCUUAAGCGGACUUCAUCUGAAAAUCCGUACUCUCAGAUCUUACAGAUAGCAGAUGAAAGCAACCGGAACCAAGAUGUUGCCAGUACUUCUCAUGCCAUUGACUUUCCAGCUCGGCUGCAGCAGUUUGUCCACAUGCAGCAACUGCAUCGAGCACAUACGAAAUUUCGGCAGCAAUCCCGCAAUGCAGCCUACUCAACACUAUCACAGGAAAUACAAAGAUCUGAGGAAACAAAGCAAUCUUUGCCACUUCCUGAGAUCAAUCGGCCCCCUUCAUGAUCACCGUGGGGCAUACCUGGACAGUUGCAGCAUUAAUUGUUGUUGGUAAUAUUUUGGGUCUUCUUCUUUUAGUCCAUAUAGCACAAACCUCAACGUCCGAAAUUUUAUCUACUAUGGAUUAUCUUCAAAGGGGGGGGUGUCGAGCGGGUGUUAGUUGUAUAUCUUAUUGGCUGUUAUUUUCCUUCAGAUUUUGCUUUGUUGGUGGUAAGUAUUCAUCUGAAUCCGAUAUGCUCGGCUCCUCAUUAGCUAUUCUUUUUCUUUUUCUUUUUCUUUUCUCUUCUCUACUAGUAAAAUUUCUGCUCCUGUGGUUCCUGUAAUUUUUGGUUUAAAGGCCAUGUGAGCAGAAGUGAACGGAUACGGGUGAUGAGAUUCAGUUGUUUUAUUUUGUUCAGCUGGUUCAACAAUCCCCAAUAAAAGCAGGCCGUGAAAUGUAUUAUGUUU